AUUCGAGGCAGACGGUUCGUUCGGCACGUUGCGUUAAGAUCGAGAUUUCAUCCGAUUUGUGUGUGCGUUAUGCGCCUCUGUAUUAUUGGCAUUGGCAUCUGUUGGAUUGCUCUGUAAAUUGGCCAUGUGAGAGGGCGAGCAUCUUACGCUACGAAACUUGUCUCCAUGCCCUCGCUUCGUUCAAUUUAAGCAUGCAAUUGUGACUCAUUUGCAAAGCGCAAAGAAAAAUAAAUUAAAUUUAAGAGAGAAAUACGUCCAAAAACUUGAAGCGUCGAGCGUUUAAGCAAUAUUUCACACCAGAGCCAAAAUGGGCUUCUCCACGGCCCUGCAGGGCCGCGCCGCUCACGAGGCGCUAAUCGUGCGCCAAGACGCGGAGCUGCGUCUCAUGGAGACAAUGAAACGAUCCAUCCAAAUGAAGGCCAAAUGCGACAAGGAGUACGCAAUCGGCUUGAUAGCCGUCGCUCAACAGGGUCUCAAAAUUGAUCGGGCUGAUGAAAUGCAAGGCAGCCUUAUCACAAAAUCCUGGCGAUCCUAUAUGGACGAACUGGAUCAACAGGCCAAGCAGUUCAAAUUGAAUGCCGAACAGCUGGAGGUGAUCUGCGAUAAGCUCUCUCACCUCUCGCAGGACAAACGGAAGGCGCGCAAAGCCUACCAGGAGGAGCAUGCCAAAAUAGCAGCACGCCUAAAUCAUCUCACAGACGAAGUUGUGCGCAAGAAGAGCGAAUACCAAAAACAUUUGGAGGGCUACAAGGCGCUACGCACGCGCUUUGAAGAGCACUACAUAAAAGCACCGGGUCGAAGUGGUCGCAAACUGGACGAUGUGCGGGACAAAUAUCAAAAGGCCUGCCGUAAACUCCAUCUUACCCACAACGAAUACGUGCUCUCCAUCACUGAGGCCGUCGAGGUUGAGAAAGACUUCCGCACUGUGCUGCUGCCUGGUCUGCUCGAGCAUCAACAGUCUGUGCAGGAGAGCUUCAUACUCCUCUGGCGCAACAUUCUCUUGGAAGCGGUUCAGUACAGCGAUUUGACAGCCGACAAAUUCAAAGAGAUACAGAAACGCAUCGACACUGUGAUAAGCGGCAUAAAUCCAACGGAAGAGUAUUCAGAGUUUACAGAGAAACACAAAACUUCGCCCACAACGCCGCUGCUCUUUCAAUUCGAUGAGACACUCAUCGAGGACAUACCGGGCAAGCUGACUGCGAGCACCCUGACCGUUGACAACCUGACCGUGGAUUGGCUGCGCACGCGGCAGCUGGAGCUGGAGGCGGCCGUUAAGGAUUGCCAGGAGAGACAACUGAAGAUAAUUGAGCAUGUGAAUGGGGGUUCGCCUGUGGCCAAUGGCAGCAUCAUCUCCAAUGGCAGCAGUGCAUCUAACGGCAUACAAUCCAACAAAGAUAGUCAAAUUCGACAGUCGAAGGACCUCAAUGCGCUGCGCUGCCAAGAGAAGCAAAAGCAGAAGCUCGUCGACAUGAUCAAGUGUGCGCUGAACGAGGUGGGCUGCGAGGAGCUGCCCUCCGGCUGCGACGAUCAUCUGUCGCUGGAACAGAACUUCAUCGAGCACGGCUUUAACAACGAGCAGCAGCGCUCCAACUCCACUAGCUCUCCAGGUCUGGGUAUUAUGAAUGAGCUGAUGCGCCGUGGUGGCGUUCUGACGCUCCUGCGUGGCUGCGGCCGUCACUUCAAGCGCAAGUCAACGCCGCAGCCAACCACGCCCAUGGCCAGAGCGCGUCCAGGUAGAUUCUCGAAGAUGCAGCCUCGCUCGCAGAGCCUGGGAUCGCUGUCGCUCUCGCUAUCCACGAAUCGUCCCCUGUACGAGGAGGAGUGGUUCCAUGGCGUCCUGCCCCGCGAAGAGGUCGUCCGCCUGCUGAACAACGAUGGCGACUUCCUCGUGCGCGAAACGAUUCGCAACGAAGAGAGCCAAAUUGUAUUGAGCGUCUGCUGGAACGGACAUAAGCAUUUCAUCGUGCAGACGACUGGAGACGGUCACUUCCGGUUCGAGGGCCCGCCCUUCCCCAGCAUACAAGAGCUCAUCAUGCAUCAGUAUCACUCAGAGCUGCCGGUGACCGUCAAAUCAGGCGCGAUCCUGCGCCGACCCGUCUGCCGAGAGCGUUGGGAGCUCAGCAACGACGAUGUCGUGCUCCUGGAAAAGAUCGGCAGGGGCAACUUCGGCGACGUUUAUAAGGCCAAGCUCAAGUCCACAAAACAGGAUGUGGCCGUUAAGACCUGCCGCAUGACUUUGCCCGAAGAACAGAAACGCAAAUUUUUGCAGGAGGGCCGCAUCCUGAAGCAAUAUGAUCAUCCCAACAUUGUCAAGCUGAUUGGCAUUUGCGUGCAAAAGCAGCCCAUUAUGAUUGUCAUGGAACUGGUGCCGGGUGGCUCCUUGCUAAACUAUCUGCGUAAAAACUCAAAUGCGCUCACCACACGGCAACAGAUGGGCAUGUGUCGAGAUGCUGCUGCAGGCAUGCGAUAUCUGGAAUCUAAGAACUGUAUACAUCGUGAUCUCGCAGCUCGAAAUUGUCUUGUGGACUUUGAGCAUAGCGUUAAAAUAUCAGAUUUUGGCAUGUCACGYGAAGAAGAAGAAUAUAUAGUUUCCGAUGGCAUGAAGCAAAUACCAGUUAAAUGGACUGCGCCCGAAGCUCUUAAUUUUGGCAAAUACACAACUCUCUGCGAUGUUUGGUCGUACGGCAUUCUUAUGUGGGAAAUAUUCUCCAAGGGCGAUACUCCCUAUUCUGGAAUGAGCAAUUCGCGUGCUAGAGAACGUAUCGAUACAGGAUAUCGCAUGCCCACGCCUGAGAAUACGCCUCCCGAAAUGUACCGUCUGAUGCUGAAGUGCUGGGCGGCUGAUGUCGAUUCUCGCCCGCAUUUCGAUGAGAUCUACAACGUUGUCGAUGCGCUCAUACUGCGCCUGGACAACAGUCACUGA